AUGGCACCAGCAGCAAUGAAUCUGCUCUGCACAGGCCUCUACCUGCUCUCCUCUUUUGCUCAGGUAUCGGAUGCGGCCCCAUGGCUCUUUUCACGGAGUGUUCCGGCAUCUUAUCGCGACGGCCGCCUGGGUGCCGUUGCGAGCGAAAACUCCAUGUGCAGUGAAUACGGUGCCGACAUGUUGAAGAUAGGCGGCAAUGCUGCAGACGCCAUGGUUGCGACAGUGUUCUGCGUUGGUGUUACUUCAAUGUAUCACAGCGGCAUUGGCGGCGGUGGCUUUGUGCUUAUCCGCACGCCAAAUGGUACCUAUGAGUUUGUCGACUUUAGAGAGACGGCCCCUGCCGCGGCAUUCCAGGACAUGUUCAAAAACAACACUAGCGGCUCGACAUCCGGCGGACUUGCAAGUGGCGUUCCCGGUGAAGUCCGUGGCUUAGAGUACCUCCAUAAGAACUAUGGAAAACUACCCUGGAAAACCGUCAUGGAACCCGCCAUUCGCACCGCCCGGGAUGGCUUCCGCGUAACUGAAGACCUGUCCCGCAUUAUGUUACACUCUACAAAGAAUGGGAACUUCCUUGCCGAAAACGCUGCAUGGGCCCUUGACUUUGCACCACAAGGAACCCUUCUCAAGGUUGGUGAUAUCAUCACUCGCAGACGCUACGGUGACACCCUGGAUAAGAUUGCCAGAUAUGGCGCCGAUGCCUUUUACACUGGGCCAAUGGCACAAGCCAUGGUCAAUGCGCUCCGGGCUGCCAACGGCACCAUGACUCUCGAGGAUCUGAAGAAUUACACCGUGGUCUCAAGACCAAUUGCUCAGAUUGAAUACCGUGGCAUGACAGUCACUAGUACGACGGCCCCAUCCAGUGGAGCUGUUCUCCUCAGCAUCUUGAAGCUGCUUAAUGGGUACAAGAGCUUCUUCCGUGCAGAUCCAGAGCCACUUAGUACUCAUAGAAUGGACGAGGCCAUCCGAUUUGGAUACGGACAGAGAACCGAACUGGGCGACCCUCUUUUCUUCUCUAACUUGACUGAUUAUCAGAAGAAGAUGAUAUCUGAGGAGGUUGCUAACAGGAACCGCAUGAACAUCUCCGACGGGUAUACUCAAGACAUAGCCGUAUAUGACCCCAAAGGUCUUGAGAGCUUGAAUACGUAUGUCAAGAAAGCUUGCCUCUCAAAUGUUCAUCAUACUGACAUGUGCGUUGUAGUCCCGGAACCUCCCACAUCUCAACUGCCGACCGCUCUGGUAUGGCUGUCAGUUUGA